AUGUCCCUCCAGCGCGACUGGGCACACGUGGAGUGGAGUGCCGAUUUUCUGGUGCCGGAUGUUGGGGAUGGUGGUGGUGACGCCCGGCGAGGGGGAGACGAUGGGAAGGGGGAGGGGGGCAGAGAGGCGUGCACGUCCGCAGCCGGCGGGGAAGACGCUUUCGUUUUUCGCGCGGCCGCCUUCACGGAGGCGUGCCCUCGAGGUGCCGUCGGUGUUGGCGGUGUGGACCUGCGGCCGGUGACGGCGGCGGCGGAAGCGGGGUUUGGCGAGGGGGCGGCGGCGACGGCCGCGGCGGCGACGGAGUCCCACCGCUUCUCGUGCGUUGGCGCUGAGCUGCCGAUGCUGAUGAGGAGAGACGGGGCUGCGAGAAUUCACGAGGGUCAGCCCCGAGCCUUGUCUAACUUUGUCCGCGACGAAGGUGGCGCAGCAGCGGCAGUAGCCGGCCUUUCAGAGAGCGGCAGCAAAGAAGAAGAAGGAGAAGGAGGAGGAGGAGGAGGAGGAGGAGCAGACGCCAAACAAGCGCCAAGGUGGUUGUGGCGGGGACCAGGCCCGCCGUCCCUGUGGUACGCGCUCGAGAUGUCCGGGCGCGAAGUCGGGGCGUCCAUGGAGAUCAGGCUUUCGGUUAAUUCCUCCGCCCCGCUGAUGACCACCGCCACCGCCGCCGCCGCCUCCUUAUCUGCCCACGGGUCCCCGUCGGCGUGGCACAUGGGUCCCAGGUUUUCGUCGCCUAGCGUCGGCGAUGCCGGGGGAGGCGGUGGUGGCGCGCCCGUCGUUCAGUCCGUCCCCGUGGAGAAUGCUUCGUCGAUGAACCUGAGCGUGGCGAUGCGGGUGGGGGCUCUGCCGGUGGUUGACCCGAACGGUACGGCGCGGGAGGGAACGGUGGUCCUCUGGACCGCGGACGCGCUCAGCGAGCCCGGAGAGGCGAGCGACCGGCCCCCGCCGCCGUACGACGAUAGCUCCGAUGCUGCCGGCGCCGCCGACUUGCCCUGGUGGAGCACGACGUUCACGUGGAACCUCACGCACCCGCCGCCCUUGCACCCGGCGGCGGUCGGGGGUGGGGCGGGGCUCGGGAGGGGCACCGCGGCUACGACGCUGUUUGUCGUGGUGUCCGGGGAGACCGAGGCGGAGGCCUCCGGGCGUGCCAAGAGGUACGGAGGGGUUGGAUCGACGGGCGGAAGAGAUGGCAAGCUUAGGAGGAGGGCGGCGGAGAGAGAGGUGGAGGAGGGAGAGGGCGGUGGCGGCGACGAGGUGGGGGUGUCGCUGUGGACGCUGGGCGUAGCUCCUGAGGUGACCUUCCGGUACUGCGACGAAGACGUGUGUCCCAUCGGCCGGGGCGAGUGCCGAGCCGCGAGGGGGGGAAGCGGGGACGACUACGUGACGGUGUCCAAGUGCUACUGCUUCUACGGCUACGGGGGGGAGGCCUGCGGCCAGCGCGUUGUGUCCUACGUGUCGCUGCUCUGGCAGUUUUGCCUGCUGGUGCUUUCGAACCUUGCGGUGGUUCCCGCGGUGCGGGUGGCCUUGAGGCUGGGGCUGGCCACGGGAGCGGCCCCGGCGGUAGUCUUGGGGCUCAACGGGGCGGCGUCGGCCUUCUACCACAUGUGUGACCUCGAGCUGACGUGUGCGGGGGGGAUGCUGAGCUUCCACUCCCUCCAAGCGCUGGACUUCUUCUUCAGCUUUUUCUCGGUCGCGGCCCUGGUGCUCCACCUCUGUCCCAUGCCGUGGGACGAGCCUCUGGUGCGCUCGCCGCCGCCGUCGUUGUUAGCCUCCACGAUCGCCCUGCCCUCAAACUCCGCCGUCGUCUCCGCAAACCCCGCCGCAGCGGCGAUGGCAGCGGCCGCCUCCGCGGCGGCCGCGGCCGCCGACUUGAUGUCUGCCGGCGGCGGCGUCGCCGUUGGCGGCGACGGCAGCGGCAGCGAGGACGGGUCUUCUCACCACCUUCUUAGCAGAGGCGUCGCCGUGGGCGACGGCGGGAGCGACGACGGCAACGGGGACAAUACCGGUAGCAGCAGCAACAACAAAAUACGCAGGGACAGCGACGACGACGACGACGACGACGACGACGGAGACAGCGGCGGCGGCGGCAAGGCGUUCGCUGGCCGCCAGGAGGGGCCGUCGGACCGCGUGCUGCUGCUCGGAGACAGGGACCAGCACUAUCCGAGGAGGUCGAGCGGCGGCGGCGGCGGCGGCGGCGCGCACGGUCGGAGCCAGCCCCGGAACCGAAGCCACGCCGGCGGUGUCGCGAGCAGCAGGAAGGGAAGCCUGGCCUCCGUUUCGGUUGACAGCCCCGCCGCCGGCAGCGGAGCGCACAGGAGAGGGGGUACCGGGGGCGGGGGCAUAGGAGCAGGAGGGGGGUGGGUGGGAGGAAGCGACGGCGGCGGGAGCGAGGCUGGAAACCCGGCGAAGGCGGGGGAGGAAGCCGACGGCGGCGGCGCGGGGUCCCGCCUCGCCUCCCUGUACGUGUGCCUGAUACCUCCGCUGUUGGUCGGGGUGACCGACCACCCGACUGCGGGCGCCAACCUGGCCGUGGUGUUCGCGAUGUGCGGCGGCCUGCUCGCCUCCAACUGGGGCAGGCUCGUGAGGCGGGACUUGCGCGAGCGCGCGCUCGCGGAGGAACAGCAGCAGCAGCUGCUGCUGGAGCAGCAGCAAGGGCACUGGCGAGCAGAGUCGGCGGAGUCGGCGGCGGCGGCCGCGGCGGCGGCGGCCGCUGCCCUUGACGAGGACUGGGACGAAGAGGAAGGGAGGGGCGCUGGUGCCGCAGGUGCUGCGGCGGCAGGGGCGGGGCGGGGGAACGCUCUCAGCCGCUCGAAACGAGGGGUUGUCAACCAUGGGGUGGUUGCCUCCCCUUCCUCCGGGUGGUCAUUUCGCGAAGAAGAGGAAGAAGGAGAGGGCGAGCAGAACGAGGAGAAAGAACUCGGGAAGGAGGACGAGGCGGAGGAGGAGGGGCACGCAGAAGACGAAGGGUUGGUGGGGCGGGACAGGGCUAAGUCUUCUUCGCACACGGCCGGCACUCGCGUGCUGCGCGGUGGUGGUCCCGGCGGCGGCGGCGGCCACGACGAUACGGAUGCGUCAACCAUCAACAACGACUUCAUCCCCUGCAACCCUUCCUCCUUGUCGGUGCUCUCCCGACCGCGAGCCCGCAGCCUCGGGGGCAGCCGCUGCGGCGGCGGCGUGAGGCGGGGGGGAGGGUCGAGCGGGUGGACCGGCGCCGACGACAACAGCAACGAGUUGCCGCCGCCGCCGCCCCCGUCGACACGGCUGGGGCGAAUCUUCCGCCUCCUCCGGUCCCUGAGGCGAGUCGCCUUCAGGCGGGGACUACUGGACUGGCGGCAGCUCGGGCUGGGCGUCGCGGGCUUCGCCGCGGGGCUGACCUGCUUCGCCGUCCAGGGGACGUCGGCGACGGCGGGGUGGUACCACCUCUGGCACGGGGCCUGGCACGUGCUGGCCAUGGGGUCGGCGGUGCCGAUCCUCCGCGCGCGGAGGUGGGGCCCCGCGGAAUCGGACCCGGACGAGGACGGGGGUUUGUGGGGUUGCGGCGGAGGCGGUUGCGGCGGAGGCGGCGGCGGCGGCGGCGGCGGCGGCGGCGGCGGCGGCGGGUUGUCACCUCGGGAAGACGGCGGCGGCGGCGGCGGCGGCGGCGGACAGCAGCAGCAGCUGUCGGUCAGGGCGGCGGUGGGGCUAAGGGCGAGGUGGGAGUCGCUGGGGCCCGGGUUCGGCGCGAGGGUCGAGACACGACCACCGUCGUACGAGAUGGUUCCCAGGAACUAA